GGUAGGCGAGUGUAAUGCCCAGAGUCGCACUGAGGCCAUAUUGGCAGGCAGUUGGUGGGUAAUUUGUUUAGUGCUAAUUUGGCCUUCUAGAGUGUUGUAUGUGAGAAGACCCUUGAGGACCCCAGCCUGACUAACAUAGUCUCUGAGUCACUGAGGACAGUUUUUAAGUGUAGAAGCUCUAUGUAUAGAAAUAAGAACUGAUAUGUUUUCAUGCACAUAGAUACAGUAUCCAUCAAGGUCAUGAUUACUCUAGGUAUUAGUGAUUAUAUUUACUGAAGUACAGCGGUAAGAAGAAACCAUGUUUCAGAAGAAAGAAAAUUCAUUUGUCCUUGUGUAAAGUGGGUUUGGAUACUCAGACCUGUCUUGGCUCACUUUUUAAAUGUUGCUUUCUGCACAAAGUAUAUUUUACAGUGCAUUAAAGACAAAUACCUAAUGCCAUCACAUGUUUGUGUGCACAUUUCUUUACACUCUUAUCUUUAACAUGCCGCCCUUGUCACCCUUUCCAACAUCUACUAACACCCCCUCCUUCCACCACUUUCCCUUUUAGCUCAUUGGCUCUUCUGUUAAGCCCAAAUAUAUUUUUAGGCUGUUAUUCUUUCUGAGGGGUGGAUACAGCAAGUGAGGGGAUAGAUAUAUACAGAACCCCCCUACAACAGAGAACAAACGUUCCUAAUGUUAUUCAUCUCUCUGUUCAAUUAUCAAUGGAGGAUUAAUAUACCUGCAGACUAUCCUGGAGAGAACAGCUAAUUCAAAACAGCAAGAUGACAGAUGUCAUGGUUCAGAAGGUCUCCUUCCCUUUUUCUUGCUCACCGUGCCACGCCCAAGCUGAUGAACAGCCACUCGCAGAGCAGAGAUCUCACCAAGACAUCGAACGACUGGUGCAAGGAACACUAAAAGCAGCAAAGGACCCAAAUAAAAACCCAAACCAAAACAACUCAAAGCUGGAGUAUAAGGACACAGUGUCUGCAUUCAAGGUCAGAGAAGCACAAGCUUCCAGCACAGAUUCUGACCUCCAGAACACAAAUACGGGCUACUCUGCAAAUGGCAGUCCUCAUCCAGAGCCUGCCAUAAACACAAAUGAUACCAUUAAAACCUAUCCGACAUCUGAUAAACAGGACAGAGAUUCAUCAUCUGUGGAGAGUAGCCAGUCUAAAGGCAAGGUUUCCUACAAGACUGUGUUCGAGAAAUGGGCAAGCCUGCAAUAUGAAGAACAACGUCCUAGUACAAAGCGCCAGCUCUCUGCAGAGAGCGCAGCAAAGUGUGUGACUGUAAGGAAGAGGAGCACAGUGGCAAGCAAUAAAGAAGAGCCAGCAAAGCCUCUCUCACACACCAAUCCUGGCACACAGCCCAGGAAAGCUGGUCUACCCAUACGCUCCUCCUGUCAGAGGCAGCCAAGAAGACAGCUGUUCAGCAGCACCGGGGUCUUCCACAAAGUGGACACACACGUAAUUAGCAAAGGGAGGGAGCUGAAAGAGCAGAGAGUGUUCUCACCUCAGAACAUUGCUCGCGUAAUUACACAGGGGGCCAGAAAUGAGCUAGAAAAAAUCAGGGCCAUAUGGGUCUGGCUCUGCCAUAAUAUUGAAUAUGAUUUGGAUGGGUACCUGGGUCUAUCCCCAAAGCUCUGCACCCCAGAGGAAGUCAUUAAGGCAGGUCGAGGACUAUGCAGUGGAUUUUCCAGCAUCUGUCUUGAAAUGUGCAGGGAAGUUGGUAUUCAGUGUGAAGAGGUGAGUGGGUACAGUAAAGGCAUUGGGCAUUGGCCUGGGCACAGGCUGGCAGAUAAGCCUUCUGACCACAUGUGGAAUGCUGUGUGGGUGAAGGGGCAGUGGGGGCUUCUGGACGCCUGUUGGGGGGCUGGCACUGUCAACAUGGACACCAAAACUUUUGUUAAGAGAUUUGACGAUUUUUACUUCCUGACUGAGCCGGGAGAAUUGAUAAACUCUCACUUUCCUGAUGAAGAGAACUGGCAACUGCUAGACAGUCUGAUCUCUCUGGAGCAGUUCGAACUGAUACCAAUAAAAACCUCAGCAUUCUACACGCUGGGACUGACCCUUCUACAACCCACACAGUACAAAAUAACCACAGAUGACGGGGAGACAACGGUGUCUGUGAGCUCGUGCGGACGGUUGACCUUUGCCUAUGAGCUCAGGCAGCGGGACUCGGAGACAGGAGCUGCAGGGCAGAACGAGGUCGACGGCUCAUGUGGUUUGCUGUCAGUGACGCAGCAGGGCAUGAAUCUGCGUCUGCUGCCACCAGAGCCAGGAGCCUAUGAGCUGAAGCUAUUCGCACGACCAGAGGGUGACUCUGGCACUCUGCUCUGGGUCUGUACUCUGGAGAUUGAGUGUCCAUCUGUCCAGCAGAGCCAGUCGCUGCCCGCUAACCCCUAUCUGAGUUGGGGUUUAGGUUCCAGUGCAUUGGUGCAUGGGAUAAAGGGCUGCAGUGUGCCAAGCCAAGACACUCUGGAGGUUUCUGAGAGAGGAGAGUGUGAGGUGGUGCUACACACCUCGCGCCCCCUGAUGAUGGUGUGCGAGCUCAUACACCCUGAACUCGACUUCGCUCUGGCUAAGCGCUGCCUGGCACUGCAAAUAGCAGCAGAGCAAGUGGUGUGCAACGUGCUAUGCCCGUACAAAGGCUACUACCGUCUUUCUGUGUUUGUGCGUGAUUACGAUGAUGGAAGUGGCUCCUUUCAGAAUGUAGGGAAUUUCCUGUUGCGAUGCAGGGGCUUAGGAGUGAAUCAGAAUGUGCUAUACCCUCCUGAUCUUAGUCCAUGGUGUGGACCAGGAAUGCGCACACAAGCAGCUGGACUGUCGCACUUUAGCCACACAGGGGCAUUGGUGAAUUUGCCUCAGGGUCGCUGUAAUAUUACUUUCCACUGCACCUCAUCUCAGCUGCAAAUGCACGCAGUCCUCAGUGCAGAGUCAUAUGAGAAACCGAAUCAGGCCGGCUUUCCACUGUCACGACACAUUUUGCUCACAUUCACAGACAGCAAGGUGACAGUGAGCGUGUGUGUACCGCAGCCUGGAGUCUAUCGCCUGGGUUUGUAUGGACGCACACCCCCUCAGCAAGACUACGCUCCGCUGUGCGACUACGUGCUGCGAAGUGCAUGCGACAGAUGUGGAGAACCAUUCCCAUGUGUGUAUUCAGCAUGGGGGAAAGGGUGUGUGCUGCUGGAACCACGUGGAGGCGUGCUGGCCCCACAGAGCUGGGUGUGCUUCCGUGUGCGGGUGCCGGCAACACGGAGAGUAAGUGUGCUCGCAGAGCAGCGAGUGGAAUUAAAAAUGAAUAAAUGCAGGGUGUGGGAGGGCAGGGUCUUUACAGGGAACAUCACUCAAAUUAAACUGACUGCAGCCACUUCAGACACCGGUGACUUGGCCGUGCUCAUGACCUUUGAUGUCCUCAACCGGGAGAGCAAGCAGUGAUGGAAAAGAGAGAAAGGGAGACAGAGUAUGUGUGUGAAUGCGAGUAUGUAUGUAUGUGUUGGGCAGCUGGACAAUAUCCAUAAAGUGAGCUUGUUUAUGAUGAGAAAGUUGCUUGUAAUUCUUUUCGGGGUUGUUUUUUUCCCCCUGGUAAAUGGUUUGUUAUGCACUGGAUGUAUCUUCUGAAAUAUAUAUUUCUUUGCAUUCAAGAAAGCAUUUCUUAAAUACAGUAACCUCAAACACAAGCAUUUUGAAUUUCUGUCUUCAUUUUUUCCUCAGUCUGACCUCCCAUAGUGUACUUAUAAUAGCAGUUAAAAAACAACAACAAAAAACAAAACAAUAGACAUUUUAAGAGGGCGUGGUACAACUGUAAAGGGCAUUCGCAGUCACAGAAGGGCAAUUUGUGCAUUUCGCAGCAGCGUGAUUCAAGGACAGAGUACACGGCCCACUGGUUGAUGAGAAACUUUUACAUGACACGUCACUUAAAAACUGUUCAAAGUAUGGUUUAAAUAUGUCCUAAAGCUUAGGAUAUGCUGUUUAUGUGUCAAAGAACACAAUAUACUGUAGUGAAAAUAUGCUUGUGCUUAGCAAGGAAAAAAAAACAAGCACAAAUGAGCAGCACAUUAUAUGGAAUCAUUCCAAAUAGAAGGAAAUGAGAAAGUUGAACUUUUUCCAAAUUGGAGUCGUAUCUGGUAUCAGACUGGCCCUAAGCUCUACAGGAGCCAGAGGGGACACCAUUGUUUACAUGCUGCAGUCAUAACAAAUAGGAGCUCAGUAUACACUUGGGCUGCAGAUCCACUCCAAACAAGAAGUAAAACAAUGCCUGCUAUGUGUGUGUUUGUGUGGGUAUUGCCUGUAGGGAGAAGGUCAAGUACUGCUGAUGUAAGGUGCCAGAAAUACUGUGUUUUGGAUCUGUGUGUGAGGAGCUGGUGUAGCGAUGUCUAGGGAAUUGUUGGCAUGUGUGUAUGGACACAUUCAAGGGGUGUCAAGUCUGCAUGUCUUUGCAUAAAAACAACUGCUUGGUAUGUGGCAACGAUUGGAUGGAGACCAGAAACCGAGAGCCAGGAAAAAGGAUAUGUACUAUCAGAUAAAAACACACAGAGAGAGAGAGAGAGCGAGAGAGAGAGGGAGAGAGAGAUAAAUCACCGUAGUAAUGGCAGGCUCUGAAGGUUUGUGCUGAUGCAGGACUUGGCAUUUUCAUAGACGUUAUCACCAUGUGACAAAUACAUUGCUGAGGGUAUAAGCAUUAACACCCACCCGCACCAACAAAUGUGACUCACUAAUGAUGAGACCAUCCUGAAAAUGCAGAGAAACCCACAAUCAGCAAACUGAAAACACACGUCCAGUAAGUGGGUUAUAAAUAGUUUAAUGGAUUAUUUAAUCUCAUAAAUACAACGUAUAGAUUAUAAAAAGCAUAAGUCACAGGAGAAAACAGGAGUUCCAGUAGUUUUGUGCA